CUCGAAGGAAUGAGCUCCCACACGCAUGCAAGAACGAUUUGUAGCGGAAGCACUGUGUCCGGCGCGUUCUCUGCGUUGCAUCUUCUAAGAAGUUACAGUUUGUUCGCACCAACUUCAGAUUUGUGCAGAUACGAGUCGUACAAUUCUAAGGACUACGGUUUUGGCAGUGCAGACAUUUUAGAUAAUUCUAACCCAUCGAAUACGGCGAUCGGUCGGAUACCAUCGCCAUUAACACCGUCAUCUUUGUCAGCCGCGUUUUCACUGCCGGGAUCUUUACUUCAACCACCGUUCAUAACUACGGUGCCGCCUUUAAUGCAGUCCAUAAGUAUGCCGCCUGCGUUUUCAAACACUAAUACCGGUAACAUGGUUAGCCAUCACUUUUUGGGUACGAAUAGCGUUACGAGUGUGCACAGACGACCUAGAAGCGAAAAGAAGCCAAUACCGGACGAACAAAAGGAUGAGAAAUAUUACGAAAGACGUAAACGUAAUAACCAAGCUGCAAAGAAAUCUCGAGAUGCUCGUAAAAUUCGAGAAGAUCAUAUUGCCCUGCGGGCAACAAUGUUGGAACACGAAAACGCAAUUUUAAGGGCGCAAGUAAUAACGCUUCGAGAGGAAGCACAAUGUCUUCGACAUAUGUUGAUUAAACAACAGGCACCGCCAUUGCAAUCCAUAGACCGUUCGAUUUCCUCGAUGACACCUGUUACACUGUCACCCCCCCAUUCCACGACAACUUUGGAUUGUCAGAUUUGA